UUUUUUUAGCUCAACGCAUUCUGACAGAGAAAAGUUGAUAAAAUAUAAAACAUUGUGUGUACUAGAUCGUCGGUCGUUGCGUUUUUCUUUUUCACCUCCGCUUCUCUUUUAGCAACCUUGACUUUGGUGUUACUUUGAUUGUAGGAAGUUUUCAAAUACAUAUGUAAAUUUCGACUUAAAUUUUCGAUUCGAAUUUUCUAUUCGCUAGACUAAAAUAAUCGAUGUAGUGGUGAGAAUAAUUAUUAUAACGGUGUAUCCCAGUUUUACAAUAGUUUUUUCGCGAAAAGCUCAGUUUUCUCAGUUUUGAUUUUUGUUAAUUUUUUUGUGCUAUUUUCCAAAUUUGUUUAUGGGAAUAAGUGAAUUGAAUGGUGCGAAUUUUAAUGUUUUUUACUCUGCUGUUUCGAAAAAUCGAGCAUUUUUAAUCGUCCUUAGCCUAGUUGUUCGUCGUCCAGUGAGAAAUCAGCGUCGGUAGUUCAGUACCUAGUUUCUCUUCAAGGAAAAAAAAAAGGUGCACGAUACCAACGUAAUGUAAGCCUUUCAAUUUACAAACGAUAAAAUUUCAUUCAAUUGGGUAUUGGACCAGCGCGUGUUAUUCAAAGAAAAUUCAAAUGUUUUCCAAAAUCAUAGAAAUAUACGACGAAGUCGAAAGACUCGGAGAUCCGAAAGUAAAAACAUGGUUCCUAAUGAAUUCUAUGUGGUUUCCUAUCACAAUCAUAUUCGCAUACCUGUACUUUAUUCUUAUACUGGGGCCAAGGCUGAUGAAAAAUCGUAAAGCUUUCGAUAUCAAUAAAGUCAUUAUUAUUUACAAUAUAGCUCAAGUCAUAUUUAACCUGUAUUUGUUUAAAUUGUCGACUGAUUAUGCCCUGCGAAAUAUCCAUUCUUUUAGAUGCUUCAGAGUCUACAGUGCAGAUACGGAAAAUGGUCAUCUUGCACGAGUAGCGAACUGGUUGUUUACGUUAAAUAAAUUAAUGGACCUCCUAGACACGAUAUUUUUCGUAAUGAAGAAGAAACAGUCUCACGUAUCGUUUUUACACGUUUACCAUCAUGUUUUAACGUUUACCGGAUGCUGGGCUAUGUCUAAGUAUUUACCAGGUGGCCAACUAGUUGUACUGGGAGUUUUGAAUUCGUUUGUGCAUUGUGUCAUGUACUCGUACUAUUUGCUCUCGUUGAUGGACCGAUUCAAGAAAAUAAGCAGUUUUAUCAAGAAACAUAUUACUCAGAUGCAAAUUAUCCAAUUCCUUCUCGCCGCAUGCCACGCGGUCUACGGCAUAACAGAUCCGACAUGCGACUACCCUAAAUCUCUGCUGUAUUUCGGUCUCACUCAAGCUUUCAUGCUGACCGCUUUGUUCCUCAACUUCUAUCGAAAAGCUUACUUUAAUAAGAAAUCUCACAACAACAAGACAGACCACCAACUUCAUAAUGGAAAUGGAAGCCUACGAAACGGACUGACGAAAAAAAUACACUGACUCAUCACCACAAUAAGAGAUAUUCUACCUCAUGUACUCACCGUACUAUGUAUUUUUGUACUUUGUAGACAAUAUUAACUCGAAUGUAAAAAUUUUUUUUUGUAAUAAAUUUGUAUAGUAAUA